AUGGCCGACUCCAACCCCAACCUCCGCGAAAUCCACGACUUCAUGAUCUCCAUUGCCAAAAAAGCAGGCGAGCGCAUCGUCUCCGCCACACCCACAACCGCAGCCUCUGGUUCAAAGAAGAACUGUAUGGACCCGCUAUCUAUGCCCCUAUUCCAUAGUAUAACAACUAACAAGCCCAUUCCAGCCGUCGACCUAGUAACCCAAACGGACCGCGACGUCGAAGCCCUAAUCUCCACCUCACUCAAAAGCCAAUACCCCAGCUUCGCCUUUAUGGGCGAGGAAACCUACAAACCAGGUGACGUGCUAACCGAGACACCGACAUUCAUCUGCGAUCCCAUUGACGGCACCACGAACUUUGUGCACCGCUAUCCUUACGUGUGUAUCUCGCUGGGCCUGGCCGUUGACCGCGAGCCUGUCGUGGGCGUGGUGUAUAACCCCUUUACCAAGACGCUGUACUCGGCGAUCAAGGGACAAGGUGCGUAUCUCGAUCAGACGCACAAGCUACCACUGCAGGAACCGACAAAGUUCGAGGGACUGAGUAGUUGUCUUGUGGCGGUGGAGUGGGGGAGUGAUAGGGGUGGGAAUGAUUUUAGGGUCAAGAAUGAGACGUUUAAGAAGUUGGCGGCGGAGAAGGAAGCCGGGGGUGGCAUGGUGCAUGGGAUUCGGUCGUUUGGUAGUGCGGCGCUGAAUCUGUGUGGAGUAGCGAGUGGUGGAUUGGAUGUGUACUGGGAGGCUGGGUGUUGGGCGUGGGAUGUUUGUGCUGGGUGGGUAAUUCUCAAGGAAGCGGGAGGUAUCAUGGUCGAUGCGAAUCCUGGGAACUGGGAGCCGAAGGUUGAAGGACAGAGGUAUCUGGCUGUUAGGGGCGGAGAGGGACAGAAGGAGAUUGUAGAAGAGUUUUGGAGUUUGGUGGAGGGGAAGUUUGAGGUUGGUAUGUAGAUUGAGUGCGCAUGGGUAGACACCAAACACCAUAGAUCAUAUAAUCAUCACAGCAUAGAAGACACAGUAUAUUAGCGGCGGUCAAAAUGGUUUUCUCAUUGCCACCACUACCGAUAUCCUCCACGCGCCAGUCUGGCCCCUUCAAAGCGGUCUCAGUCAAUCAGUCCACCGCAUCGGACACUUCAAUCUCCACCAGAGAGCUUCAUGUCCUCCAGCACGAUGUUCCAAGAUAGACCAUCGCAACUCCACGACAGGGUUUCCGAAAAUGAAUGUUUUUUUCUUUCUCUUUCUUUCUUUAGCAAUCCAAAUCCCUCUCUUCGUAACAUGUCCCCAAUAAUAAAUAAACAAUAGCGACGUUCAUUUCCCUCCAUUAACAAAGACGACGUUAGACAAAGGAGAACACAGUUUACCAAAGGCUUAUCGGCAAUGUACUCCCUCUUUCCCUCCCAUCUGCAAGCAGAAGAGGGGGGUUAGAGGGGGGAAGGAGGGUUUCUUUCGUUACAUGUUUUGUGAUAUUAGGGUGGUGAGAGAGGAGAGGAGAGGAGACUCGGGAGAGAAGAAAACAAAAACGCGAUGGGGGUGAGCAAACAAAUCCACUUCCACUCGCGAGAGAUGGAAAGAGACAAAGAGGAGAGAUGAUGAUGCAGCCAACAUCCUUGUACGCCGAGAAGAGGGAGGAGUAGAUCC